GGCUGCCAUUCAACCAUCUACAUACGAAAUGAGUACGAAACACGAGGUCUACCAAUGUGGUACUCAGGAGAUUGAAAUCACCGUGAAACGAAACUUUUGCUGGUUGAACGGUGGCUUCUGGAUAUACAAUGGACCAGUACUCGGCAUACUGUUGGUGAACUUUGUUCUUUUCGUGGUGUUCUUGAAUAUUGCAUACGGAAAGCUGUCUCAACGAUUUGCUGACAAUAAACUGAAGAAAGCAAGGAAAUGCAUUAAGUGUGUUGCAGCUCUUCUUCCUCUGCUGGGUUUGGUGUGGCUUUUCGGGUACACAGUAAACUUACACUGGAUUCUUGCUUACAUCUUCAUCGUUAUAAACUCUUCACAGGGUAUCAUGAUCGCAAUAUUUCAUUGUGUUUUAGAUGACCAGGUAAAAGCCAUAUUAAAAUCGAAAUUUAAGCAGCGAAGACGACUAAAGAAUAAAGAGAUGGUUGUUCAAGGGAAUGUACAUAUUCAGUUUGAAGAAAAGGAGCAAGAAAACGAUGCAAGAAACAAAGAAGGCUAG